AUGAAGAUCGUCAUUGUUCUUUUCGCCCUCAUGGCCGUCGCCAAUGCCUUCCCCGGACUCCCAUGGGCCGCUCCGGUUUCGGCACCGUGGCCAGCGCCUGAACCUUGGCCGGCAGCUGCACCUUGGCAACCUUCAUACGUGAAGGUCGCUGAACCUUCGUACGUGAAGGUCGCUCAACCUGCGUACGUGAAGGUCGCCCAACCUGCGUACGUGAAGGUCGCGGUGCCUCAGGUACAUCCGGAAGUGCACCAAGUGCUCCAGGUACCCCAGCAGCAGUCGAUCCCGCCCCCACACCCCCAGCCGUUGAACAUUAAGGUUCACGCUUCGUCGAGUAGAAUCCCGUACCACCCACCGCACAUUGUCAAGCCUCAUCUGGUCGGCUACGAGGCGUACGUCGAGCCCGUCAAGGUUGUCAAGGCCGCCGCUCCUGCCCAUCACCCUUGGGACUAA